AUGUCUAUCAAGUAUUUAUUCAAGUACAUUAAUAAAGGUUAUGAUCGCAUAACCGUAGCUCUUGUGCCUGUCAAAAAUGAAGAUGGAACAACUAAACAAACUGUUGAUGACAUUAAGCACUAUCUUGAUGGUAGGUAUAUUUCUCCUUGUGAAGCUUGCUGGAGAAUAUUUUCAUUCCAGAUUCACAAGAGAUCACCUGCUGUUGAAAGGUUGUACUUUUAUUUGCUUGGUGAGAAUUCAGUCAUAUUUGAAGAUGGUGAUGAAAUUGAUGCCUUGCUGUCCAAGCUAACCAUUAAAGAGUCUAUGUUUACCUCUUGGCUGCAAGCUAAUGCCAUUUUCCAACAAGCAAAAGAUCCUACAUAUCUGUAA